CAAAUCUUAAAGACAAAUAUAAAAGAUUACAAAAGAAUUAUACUAUUCUUCACAAUGAUAAUGAAGCAUUGUUAGAAAAUAAUAGUGAUUAUUAUAUAGAACAUUGUCAUUUAUUAAUACAAGAAAAUGAUGUAUUAGUUAAACAA